CUUUUGGCCCACACACUGGCCACAAUCGAGCUGCGCUUUUUGAUCUGCGCAUCUUGAAGAUACAUUUUCGUUUCAGUUGGCUUUUCAGUGUUUGCAACUCAAGUGCGCGCGCGCGUUACGUUACGUUAUAUUUUUGUUUUAGCAACUUGACUCGCCAGCCCCGCCCCUCACACCGCCCGGCCCCUACACACAAGUCGCGUGUUUCUGUUGUUGUGUGCGUUGAGGUAGCUUCAGCUUCGCCCUGUUUCAGUUUCAAUUUCAGUUUCAGUUUUGCGCUGCGCUGUGUUUGGCUUUGCACUUUUUGCCCAUCAGCGACGGCUUUUGCGCGCCUUCGUGAACGCGUUUCAAAUUCGACCCGAUAUAUUUCGUUUCGAUAUUAAUAUACAAAUAUAUGCAUAUAUAUGUAUUUUAACUGUUUAUGUGCUCAAUAUUUGAAGUACUUGAAGAAUAACCAAAUUUGCUAAAGUGAAAAUAUAUGUUUUGUGCGUUUGUCUGUGAAUGUAAUAUGAUAAAGUUAAUUUAAUGCGCAGGAUUUGAGAGCUUAAGACGCUGAAGAACUUUUGAAUUCAAACCCUUAAGACCUUAAGAUCGAGUAAAACGUGCUGGUAUCUAUGUAUAUGUUGUCCAUGCUGCUGCUGUCACAGUUAGCUGUAAACAUUGAUUAUGCCAUUGUUGCUAGCAAACUACUAUCAACAGCAACAGCAACUUCGCCAGCAACAGCAGCAACAUCGACAGCAGACAGUUGCUAGGGCUGCCAGCAUUAACGGCAUGUUACUAGAAUACAAAAACGCUUGCAACACAAAUCAAAGCAGCAGCAGCAGCGGCAGCGGCAGCAGCGAUCACAAUAGCAGCGGCAGCAGCAGCAGCAUUCGACAGCUGGCCAAAGCGGAAGCACUAACAAUGUCAACGCCAACAACAACAACCAAAUAUAAAUUGAACAGCGAUGCGAGCGAUAGCAUUGCAGCAGCCACGCUGCUUUACCACCAUCACCAUCAUCAUCAUCAUCAGCAGCAGCAACAGCAACAGCAGCAGCAGCAGCAGCAGCAGCGGCAACAUCGCUGCCUGCAUCGGCAGCAACAUCACCGGCGCCAGCAACAAGCGAAGCAAAUGACGAAGAUCUCGCCGACGACAACAACAUGCAAAAUGCAGGCGUGGGCUUUAAAUUUGAGAAGGAUGAAACGCUUGUGGACACAAUUAUGCGUGAUGUUAGCAGGACUAUGGAACACAACGAAACGAGCAAUGGCCAGGAUAAUGGUCAACUAAAGCUGCACGAUAGCGACGAUGUGCGUGAAGAAGAGGAAGAGGAGGAGGAGGAGGAUCAGCGGGCAACAACGCUUGGCAACAACA